UUCCCACCACCCCUCCAGUUGACCCCAUGAACCUUAUAAUUAGUAGUAGACCCAUUUGCUAUAUAACACGCUUCUCCAGGUCUACGAGUCCAUAAAGCAAUCUCGGAUAUCUCCUUUUAGUUAAGCCCUUGCCCAGUUUCUCCUCCUCCUCCUCCUCCUCCUCUCUCUCUCUCUCUCUCUAUAUAUAUAUAGAUUGAUUCCCACCCUCUCUCUCCUUUGUCUCUGCAAAUACCUUCAUCCAUGUACGGCAGCUCCGUUGAAGAAGUGUCAAGCGAGUCCGAGAAGCGGCCGGCGCCCAUGCCAGAGCCGCUCCGCCGCAUGGGCAGCGGCGGCAGCGUCGUGCUCGACCCGACACCGGAUAUCGGCUUGGAGGCCGAGUCCCGAAAGCUGCCCUCCUCUCAAUACAAGGGCGUGGUCCCCCAGCCCAACGGCCGGUGGGGCGCCCAGAUCUACGAGAAGCACCAGCGGGUGUGGCUCGGCACGUUCGCCGAGGAGGCCGACGCGGCCCGCGCCUACGACGUCGCCGCCCAGCGCUUCCGCGGCCGCGAAGCCGUCACCAACUUCACUCCGCUCUCGGAGAACGACGACGACGGCGCCGCCGAGCUUGCCUUCCUCGCCGACCACUCCAAGGCGGAGAUUGUGGACAUGCUGCGCAAGCACACCUACUGCGACGAGCUCCGGCAGAGCAAGCGCGCCGGAACGACCAGCGGGAGCACCGUCGGUAAGAGAAACCCGCUGAGCUCAUUAGGAUUAGCUCGCGACUUAUUGUUCAGCAAGGCUGUGACGCCGAGCGAUGUCGGGAAGCUGAACCGGCUGGUGAUACCGAAGCAGCACGCCGAGAAGCACUUCCCGCUGAAGUGCGGCAGCGGCACUACCGGGAUCCUGCUCAAUUUUGAGGACGCAAGUGGGAAGAUAUGGAGAUUUCGGUACUCCUACUGGAACAGCAGCCAGAGCUACGUACUGACCAAAGGAUGGAGCCGGUUUGUGAAGGAGAAGAGCUUGAAACCAGGAGACAUGGUUUGUUUCCGGCGGUCGAGGGGGCCGGAGAAGCAGCUUUAUAUCGAUUGGAAUCCGCGAGGGGUGGCGGCGGAUUUGAUUGCUCCGCAGGUGGUGAGGCUGUUUGGGGUGAACAUUUUGAGAACUCCGGUUGGGUGUGGAGGUUGUCCCGGUGGUGGUGGGGAAGGGAAGAGGGGGAGAGAGAUGGAGUUGUUUCCACCGGAGCAGUUCGUUAAAAAGCAAUACGUCGGAGCUCUGUAGUACUAGCUUUAUCUGUCUUUUUUUUUUUUGCUUUUAUUUUUUCAUGCAGGGGAAAUGUACAUCGUGUAGAGAUGGUAAAAAAGUUGAUGCUUGGUGGCAGCAACGGAACGCUUUAAAAGCAAAUAUAUUUUGCUCAUUUUCUCUCUGUUGUGAUUCAUGAGUACGAGUUUGAUGGCGAUUUCGGUCACCAAGAAACUUUAAGAGGCUAAGCUGGUACUCGCUGGUAACCGAGCUAUGAGAACGAGCUGUUGCUGCGUCGCUCCAAAUCUAAGAUUCUUAAUACAAUGAAUAUGACUUGCCAAUUAAACAAUUCAGUGAGCAUAUAUAUCUAUACAAAUCUCAGUGGCUGAAAGGGGAUGGAAAUCAAGAAUACAUAACCUAUUUGGCCAAAUAAUGACAGAGAUCUAGAUGAUGGACUUGAAUGACUGGAUAAAUUCAAAACCAAAAUCAUGAUUGUUCUUUUUUUGGUCCCUUGUUGCGAAAUUUUGAACUGAAAAGCAUCCUCUUCAUCGUCUUUUGGCUAU